UGCACCUCAGCUCAGCAUUCCCUUGGUAACGGCAAAGACAGCCUGGUGUGUAAAUCUAAUGCAAGUACUUCUGGGUAAAUGGCCUCAACGGUGGCAUGUCUGCAGGAGAACUUCACUCAAGUGUGCUGGCAUUCUAAAACUGGGCAGCUUGGCUGCCAGACUCUGCAAUGUUGUCAGGAAGAUACACUCCGGUGCUGAGAAGAACACUGGCUGUAAACACAGUGCCCCAAGAUGAUGUAUGUAGGCUUCUGAGAGCACAGGGGUCGCGAUGCUCUCUGCAGCAGCGGCCGUGCAGCGCCGGAGAGUACAGGUCGCAGCGGAGGCUGCAGAAAAGAGGGGAGGCAGACGGAACAGCCGGUGGUGGCGGCGCGCGAGCCGCGUCCGCACUGGGCCAGGGGCAAGAGCGCGGGAGCGAGCGACCGCACCGGGCUGACCCCGCCGUCGACAGCCAAGAAUGCUCAAGAUGCCUCACGCCCUGCGGUGAUAAACCCGACCAGGGGGGAGCCGGAGAGGAGGCGGAGGAGUCCUGGGAUCACAGAGGGGCUCCCACUUCCACCUCGCUGCACCUUUACCUGCCCUCACCUUUUUACGAUGAGGAAGGGGAGAAGGAGAAGGACCAGGAGGACGCCAGGCAUCCAACAGGUCUGCCCCAGCAACCGGAAACCAUGGACACUAAAACUGUUCCCCCCGCCCCAAGCCGGACGGGACCGAGGCACGGCGUGGCGAAGCAGAAAAAAAGCGCAGUUGCCAGGGCGAUGCCCGGACUUGGACAGGGAGGCAAGCUCUCCGCCGGCUCUCGGAACACAGUGACUCCCAGCGGUGUUCCGAUUUCUGCUGCGAACAGUCCGGACCCUGCCGGUGAUACCCCUAACCCGGCUCCAGCUCCGAGUCCAGAGCGCCCCCUGCAGGAAGAGCACAGGGGAGCACAGGUCAAGGGGCCGCCACGCUGCUCUGCUUCGAGGCGUCUGGUGUGGCGGCCGCCCAAGGAGAAGGACAACUACUACCAGAGGGCUGUCCUCACCAAGGCCACGGACCACUUCAGGCUGAAAACCACCACGACCCUUGAGUGGGGCUUGCACGGGCCCCAGGCGAGGAAGACUGUUUUUACUCUGCAAGCCCAUAACAGCAGGCCGGGGUCCUCCCUCUGCAGAGCCAACGCCUCGAUUUCGGGCCGUGGAGGCCUCUCACGACCAUCCUCUACCCAGUCCUGUGUCAGGACUGAUGUGUGACACUUGCAGGGCCCCGGUGAAACGAUGCAUCAUUGCACACUGUGGCCUAUAGGCUCAGAGAAUAGCCUAGUUUUGUUUGGCAUAGGUAAUUAUGGGAAAUUGUAUUCCCGCAAUUGAGAAUGGUUUGUCCUAUUAAUACACUGGGUUUCAGUGUAGUGACCCCACGGGUCAGUAUUCAUUGCUGGUGCUGGUCCAACACCACGGUUCAACGAGUGGACUACAGAGAGAUAAGUUGCAGUGGCUUGUCUGCGCUUUCCAGAGUUAACAGAGCUUGCAAGCAGGAGAGAAAAAAAUCUAGGGAUUAAUAGGUUUACUGUAAAUAGUACAGAUAUAAAAGGAACGGUCAGUAAAUUGAUACCAGCACCAAACAUUUCCCUCUGGAAGCGAAACUCGAUCAAAGCGUUCCUCUUUCUCUCCUCCCUCCAGCGCUUCCUCUUGGUGGGGCUCCACGGCCCUUGGCCGUGGUACGCGAUCUCCGAUCCGUCCCCCUCAGCUCUUCUUUGGAAAAGCCCAAACGGGGCGCCGGGGAGGAAAAACAUUCCCUCUUUUUCCACAGGAGGAGGAAGCAGCAAGUGUUUCGCACUCGAGGAGGAAACAGCCCCGGGGAGAGGAGGAGAGAACAAAAAUAAAGACAAAGUGAAGAGAAGAAAAGUGAAUUUCGCUUUAAAAUUGUUUGAGUCGUCUCUGCUUUUUCCCUUUCCUUCAUUAUGAAUGACCCCCCCCCCCACCCCAGUUUUGUUCUUUUAAAGAGAGGAUGGGGCUGUGAUGUGGACUCAAUAGAGUCAGUGCUGAAAAAGCUGGGGUGGAGGUGGGCUGGGCAAAGGUCAGAGCUGGCACUCUGUGUCCCGAGGUGGGGGGGUUAUUGGGGGAGGGGGCACAUUCUUUCUGUAUGGCUUAAUCGACCAUGAACAGUGGGAUCAGAGGCCUUUGGCUGACAUGUAUCAGUCAAACCCCCUUUCACACCCACAUCAGAUUGAACAGUCUUUCAGUGCAGCAUAGCAGAACAGAGGCUUAGCUAGCCAUCUACAAACCCUGCAACAGACUUUGAUUCUAUUCACUGUUUUCAUCAAGCGCACCCUCCUACACUGUAAACUACACACAUGUGGAGCUGAACUUUAUCUCACAGUAUUUCAUAACUAUAAUGCAGAAAUCUCGCUAUAUAAAGCAGGGUUAAUGCUGGCUUGCUUUUUAUUAAAUUUUUUUAUAGUUUUUUGUGCAUCGUAAUGAAUAAUGAAUCAUUGCCUUCAUAGGGGGUUCUCCCCAUGAGGAAUAAAGUUCUGUGAUGACAUAGAGGCAGUCGGUGUUUUUGUACAGAUGUGUUUUACAUUAUGAAAUAAUAACUGCUUGCAGGACUGCAUACUGUACCACUCAAGAAUUCACUAUUCUGUGUGUAAUGCAAAACCAUAAAGCUAGAUAUUUUCAUAUUUCGAGGCACAAAGGUACAGCUAAUGUGUUUUUUAUUAAGUAAUGUAUGCCUGUAUGUGACCAGGCUUGUUUGAGAUUAUUUGGUAAUAACAUGGAAUAUUACAUAUGAAUAUUUAUGAUUUUGACUUUUGUAGGAUUUUGUCCAAACAAAAUGUCUCAAGCAUCGCGUUCUAUUCCUUCCCAUGGUCAGAGGUUAAUGGGGCUAAACAUUUAUUUACAACUUGCCUGUUGAACAAUAGCAAGUGUUACAGUAGCUGUGGGAAUUGACCGCCAGUGUGGAAGCUGAGAAUUUCUGUGGGCAGAAAAGAGAUUUCAAGCCCCUUUAAUCCAAUUCUGUGAUUGGUCGACUGCAUGGUCGAUUGCAGGGCAACCUUUAAAGGGAGGUCCUGUAGAUCAGAUUAUGUGUAAUUAUGAAGAUGCAGUAGGUAUGCUUUGAUUUUUAAGAUUAAGGAAACAUUUUGGGAUAAUAAAAUAAUUGUCUCUAUAUGCAGAUUUGUGAUAUACAUUUGUUCCAUUGGUAUUUUUUGUAGUUUCUCAAGUGUUCAUUCAGCCAUUUUAUUUUUGCAAGCUUACCAUAGAUGUCUGCAUGUUUGUUCUCCAUUUUACCUCCUGCACCUGUGCCCUAUAUGAGUUCCUAGCUGUAAUCUUUAACCUUUUAAGGUGCAAGAUCAUAAAUAUGUGAUCAGAGUGUUUUUAACUGAACAUUCUAAUGUUGGUU